ACCUCCCCACGCGCCAACGCUGCCAUUGAGGAUGACUGACCUCCUCUUUUCGUCACGUCGGCUCCCGACUAUUGAUUACUCUCGACGAUUACCCUGCCCUUGGACCCAAUGGCAACCGGGAGGUGGAACCACCCUCCAGCGACAACCGCAGGGCCAAGAGGAACCAGUUUGAUUUCUCCUCUCGGCAGGGCUGACUUGGGCAAAUGCCAAUCCCUUCUGCCUGGGCUGUCCGUUCGCGUUCGGAUUAUAAUAAGAGUCGGGCAUACUGCCCUUUGCCCAUCCCCCCGGCUCAGUCCCAGCUUUUUUCCCGUUGUCGGUGCUCACCUCCCAUACCACCCACCAUGUCAUACUACGGUCAACAACAACCGCCACCUCCACCACAGGGAUAGUACGUUAGCAAAGGAGUCGCCGAAUCUACUAGGUGACCCUGUUACUAAUGAGAUUCUCCAGUUACCCACCUCCCGGUGGUCAAUACCCACCCCCCCAGCAAAUGCAGUAUGCUCCCCCGCAAGAGCAGUCGCAAUCCAAGGACCGUGGGUGUCUCACCACCUGGUAUGUGCUGACCCUGAACCAAGUUGGCCUGGCGUUGGCUAACUGCUCUCAGUCUUUUGACCAUGUGCUGUUGUUUUCUCUGCGAGGAGGCCUGCGAGUGCUGCUUCGAGAUUGUGGAAUGCUUAUGUUGUGGAUGCUAAUCGCGGUGCUGUACUAUACCUUUGUUUGGGAUUGCUCCUGCUUCUGU